AUGCAUGGAUCCAAAUAUCCAGACUCGUCAUUACUAGGGGGGUCGUGGGAAGUCGAGCCUGCAAGCACAAACUCUCACCCACAUGCCAUCACACGAAGCAUCAUGUACGCAUUAUGUGGCCUCUCUUUCUUUGCUUGUCACGUCCUCCCAGCCUACGAUUGACAAUUCGCCCGACGUCCGUUGGGUAACUACCACGGGAAUGUUUAGUAUAGUAUAGUAUGUUUAGUAGAGNAACUCAAAGAGUAUGUUUAGUAGAGUAUGAAAAGCCGUACUAAACCGCAAGAGUACGUUGAGUAGAGUAUGAAGAGCCAUACUAAAAUGUGAGUAUGAGUAGAGUAUGAAAAGCCGUACUAUACUCGAAAAAAUGUUUAGUAGAGUACUGAAGAGCCGUACUUACAAAAAUUUUAGUAUAGUACGAAGAGCUGUA